UUGGCCCAGCAGCAGCGGGGACCAAAACCAGUGUUUGGAGCCACAGUGUGGCGGUGGGGGCAGCAGCAAUGGGAGGCCAUACAGGGACCCAUGUCACACUGUGGACCCAGCAGCAGCGUGACCAGGCGGUACGGGGGCCCAUGGCAGAUUUGGGGCCUGGCAGCACCUAUGGGAGGCCUGUAAUCUGCCAGCAACCUAUGACAAAAUGGAAAACAGCAGGAGUGUGAGGAGACCUGAAAGUGGCACAUGGCAGAGUGUGGCGAUGGAAACAGCAGCAAUGGGAGGCGGUACAGGGACCCAUGACACACUGUGGACCCAGCAGCAGCGUGAC